GGCUCGGAGGGUCCAGCAGAUUUAUGUUACACCACGAAAACCUGGCCAAUGGAGUUACCUAAAGCUUGGUUACCAUGUGCGUAAUGUCCGAUCAUAGUUAGCACUAUGAUCAUCGGGCGGUCGGCCUAUCUGGUCCAUCAGACAUCAGGGUCGAGGGCAUUUCUCUGACAGACGGGGGGCUUCGGUGCCAGCCCCUGAGGAUCCUACAGACGAUCCCAGUGGCCAGAAGGUUUGUCGAAUGUUCCUCAUGGCGUCGGCUCCAUCGCCACCAAACGCACAGGCAUGUCCAAGUGAACCUGCUCCCGAGCCGUCUGUCACAUCACACCUAUCUCAGGGACACAUAAGCCCCGUACCACCGGAGGGUUGACACCGACACCGCCCUUACACUUUUACCAGUAUUGUUCUUAGUAUUUGCUACUUACAAUGAACGAGGAUGGCACUUGGCCUAAUCGUGGCGGCCAGAUCUUGGGCGCAACACUGAGCAUCUGCAUCCUCAGCACAGGUAUCCUGAUAUGGAGAAUCGUCUAUGGAAUCCAGAGCAAGCGCAAGCUCAUGAUCUGUGAUUAUUUGUUGAUCGUCGCUGCGUGCCUCAAUGUCGCGUCAUCUGGUAUACGCAUCAAGUCCACAAUCCACGGCCAGGGCCGGCACAUCAAUGACCCCAGCAUCAGCAAGCCCCACGACAUCCUGCAGUACAGCUACUACUUGUACAUCGGACAGAUCAUUAACCUGAUCGCCGUGGCUAUUUUGAAGUUGUCGAUUUGCACCUACCUUCUGGCUCUGCCAUUUGGACUCACCUACAAGCUGGUCAUCUACUUGUCGAUUGCUAUGGUCGCAGUCUUCAAUUUCACGCUGCCCAUGAUGGGGCAACUCUGCGCGAAACCUUUUGAAGCGAAUUGGAACAAGAGCAUCAAAGGCACCCGCUUUUACAAAGGCUCUACUGCGCUCACAUACAUGCAGGGCGUGUCAAAUAUUCUCACAGAUGUUGUCUACAUAGUAGCGCCGAUUCUCUACCUUUCAUCCGUACAGUUGUCAUCGAAGACGCAAUGGGGACUUCGACUAGUCUUCUGUCUCGGCCUGACCGCGACCGUGUGCUCAAUAUUCAAAACCGUGGAAUUGAAAAGCCUUCUCAAGACUAGAGACCCGACAUGGGACGGCGUGAACCUAACAAUCUGGUCCGCGACUGAGCUCUCCGUCGGCAUCCUCGUCGCCUCCCUCCCGCCGCUGCGCAAGCAAUUCGAGCGCAUCCUACGCAAAGUGCUACCCAGUACCUUACAAACCAGCAACAAGCGCACACCAGGUAGCCACAGCGGCAUUCCGAUGUACAACGUAUCCAAGGUGACCACCAAACGCAAUACGAGAAUCAUGGGGCGGUCGGAUGUCGGGAUCGAUGAUGGGGACAGCGAACGGAGUAUCUUGCCAGACGGUGGGAGCGAUACGAAGGUCGAUCGCGGGAUUAUGAAGACAGUCGUGCAUGAGGUUACGAGCGAGUCGCGGAGUGAGACGGGCAAGGAAGUGCCGCAGAGCUUUGAGCAGAGGAGAUGACGAAGGCAGAGGGAGCUUAAAGCAUAUGAUACGCUUAGCUUGUGCUUGCAGCGGUCUUCGAAUGGACGGUAGAGCCAUUCAUCGUUGAAUCGUAGCCAUUCCUAGAACUCAAUUAACAAGAAUACAAGUAAGAGACCCGUGCCAGACCUGC